AUGGCAAUUUUAUCAAUCCGCGGAUCGCAACGUCUCGACUCCAGAGGCAAACCGACCAUUCAGGUUGACUUGACGACUUCGCACGGCACUUUCCGCGCUCUGGUUCCCUCAGGAGCAUCGAAAGGAGACUACGAAGCUGUCGAGCUUCGCGAUGGCGACGCCUCUGCCUUUCAAGGCAAUGGAGUGACGAAGGCAGUCGAGAACGUCGACGAAAUUCUUGGUCCAAAGAUAGUCGAGAGCGGCCUCGAUCCAGCGCAUGACUUGAAGAAGAUUGAUGAACUCAUGAUCAAGCUCGAUGGAACGGACAACAAGAGCAAGCUAGGAGCGAAUGCUAUACUUGGAGUCAGCAUGGCGGCCGCGAGGGCUGGAGCAGCGGCAAGAGGCAUGGAGCUGUAUAAGUUCUUGGCUGGCGAGAGCAGCUCCCUUCAAAGCGAAUACGUAAUGCCGGUGCCAUUCAUGAAUGUGCUCAACGGCGGAGACCAUAGUGGGAACCCAAUGGCUUUCCAAGAAUUCAUGAUCGCUCCAACCGGCGCUUCGUCCAUUACCGAGGCUGUGCAAUGGAAUGCCGAGACUUACGCGAAUCUCAAAAGCAUCAUUGAAGCAAAGUAUGGCAAGGCAGCCAUUGGCCUUGGGGACGAGGGCGGGUUCGCUCCUCCAAUCAGUCAUCCCGAGGAAGCGUUGGACCUUCUUGUGGAGGCGAUUGCAAAAGCUGGCCAUAACGGCAAAAUCCAAAUCGGCAUAGACCCAGCUUCUCAGUCAUUCUUCCAGAAGGGAAGCUAUAACCUUGGAUUCAAAACCAAGCAGGAUAACACUCUGAGCGCAGCCGAGCUCGCAUCACUAUAUCAUCGAUUGCUGGAGAAGUACCCUAUUAUCCUCCUUGAGGAUCCCUUUGGCCAGGAUGAUUGGGACGCUUUCGUGGAAUUCAACAAAAUAUGCAGCGUGGAGCUUGUGGGGGAUGAUCUUCUGGCUACCAACAUCAGUCGCGUUAAGACUGCUAUCCACAAAGACGCAUGUAACAGCAUGCUGUUGAAAGUCAACCAGAUUGGCACUGUGACAGAAGCUAUAGCUGCAGGACAAGCUGCCUACUCUGCAGGCUGGUCCGUCUUUGUGUCGCAUCGUUCAGGCGAGACGACGGAUGACUUCAUUGCUGAUCUUACUGUUGGCAUGAGAACGGGACAUCUCAAGUCAGGUGCUCCUGCUCGAGGGGAGCGAGUUGUAAAGUACAAUCGUUUGAUGGACAUUGAGGAUGACUUGCGAUACCGCAACCAGAAAUACACAUAUGCGGGCAAAAAUCUGCGUUUUGCCCAUCGUUGA